GUCGCCAGCCGUCCUCAAGCCACCUCAUCAUAGACGAGAAACCAGUUCCGUUGCCGCCAAACAUAACCCAUACAGACGACGACGAAGAUGCACGCAGGUAGAGGUGCAGCGCGACUGUUGCUGGUGGCCGCGUUCGCGGUGGCCGUGGCGGGCGAGGCACGGCUGAAGCGGAGCAAGCCGACCAGGGUGUACCGGCCGAACAAGGACGCGUUGCGGCUGCUCGAUCACGUCAUGUUGCACGAGGAACAGUGGACGGACGUGCUGCAGGAACCGAUCAAGGGGCUGGACGAGCCGCCGCACAAGGGGCGAAAAUUCCUCGGGAUUCCCGAGUUGUUGCCAAUAACGUCAGCGCGGACCGCCGAACACAGCACGGAACCGGUGUACAACGUGCACGACAUCGUGGCCACGGUGGUCACCCAUUACCGCGCCAUCCGGUCGUUCACCGAGUACGGGGCCAAGGCUCUGCGCCGGGCGCUGGCGUGCUACACGUUCAAGCAGGUGUAUUUCCAGUCCAAGACCAUGGCCUUGAUGAUGUCGAAAAACGCCGAGCCCAUCGUCUUGCUCACGACGGCCAGCGAUCUGAAGAAGAACUCGUCAAAGUUCGUUGACAUCCUGUCCGCCGUGCCCGACAACGAUCUGACCCUGCUGUUGGACUCCUACUGGGUGGUGAUCAAGCACCUGCAGUACGAAGGUGUGCAGCACACGGACAAGCCGCCAUUCCCGCAGGAGGUGAUAGACUCCAUGGACGGCCUGUACAAAAAGAUCGAAGUGUACCUGCUGUCCCACUGUGUCCCGUACGCGACCGACGAACAGUUCUUAAAGAUGAUAGGCAUCCCGAGGAGUACCCCGAUGAUCGAGGACCCGUCCCUGCGGUCGUUAAUUUCAUUAGAAGAGUUGACGAGAGUCUCGAAGGAACAAGCAGAGCACAUGGCCCGGAUGGCCCGCCGCAUGGGCAACGCCACCAUGACCGACCACCUGUGGUCGUCGCUGUUCCUCUACCGCGGCCGCCCGCGGCCGGACAGCACUCGCUUGACUGUAGAAGACCCGAAUAAGAGUGAAGCAAAACCGGAGACGAGUGAAGCCGGUGCGAGUGAAGAGCCUGCAAUAAGACCCGUCACUAUACACUAAUAUAAUAUUAUAAUAUAAAUAAUUAUUGUUAAUUUUAAUGUUAAGCUGUACAAUUAUUAAGUUUUCGAAACUGUUACUGAAACUGGUUUUUCGUUUGUAGUCGGAGAUCAUAACAUUGUAUCCACAGUCAAUCAAUAUCAAUAUUUAAAUAAUAUUUUGUAAUAUAUUAUUAUACGUGUGAAACACAAUAAAUCGUUGUCCGAAA